AUAUCAAUUCAAAGGAAUUCAAAAAAUAUUUAACACCAUGGAGUACCAAAAAUAAAGGAAUAGUAUACAUUGCUGAGUGUAUUUUAGUUAAUUUUCAUACUCCAAAGGAUCGCGUCAUAAAUAAUUUGGGUCUUAUUUUUACUUACAAAACACUGUAACAAACCUUGGAACUCAUUUUCAUGCGCACGACAGCCGUCAGAAUGAUGCAUUACAAGUGUAGACAGAGUUUUUAUCCCUCUAGCAAUAUAAAACGUUUCGAAGUGCCAGAAAAUAAAGUGCCUUGGGACAUAGAAUACCCGGAGUACAAACCAGCUCAACACACUGCUUCGGUUCUUAAAGACAAACCCUGGGCGGAUCCGGAAAUUGGAGAACCUUCGUUCGAACCAAAAUGGAAUUCUCUUGACAAAAAUGUGAAUCGAAAAAGUUUCACCGAGGAUUAUAUUAUAAAUGAGAAUGGUUAUCCUUUGAAUCCCGUCGGUCGUACCGGCAUUACUGGACGUGGUCUUUUGGGGCGAUGGGGUCCAAAUCAUGCGGCAGAUUCAAUUGUAACACGCUGGAAACGACUUUCGUCCGGAGCAUUGAAAGUUAACGAAUGUACAAACAAACCAAUUUUGCAAUUUGUUGCAAUACAAAGACAAGAUUCUGGAGAAUGGGCCAUACCUGGUGGUAUGAUCGAUCCGGGUGAAACUGUGUCAGCUACCCUUAAAAGAGAGUUUAUGGAGGAAGCUAUGAACGCUCUAGAAAAAGAUAAUACAUCAAGGGAAGAGUUAGAGAGAUCUCUCAAAGAAUUUUUUGAAAAGGGAGAGGAAAUCUAUGAAGGAUAUGUAGAUGAUCCUAGAAAUACAGAUAACGCUUGGAUGGAAACUGUAGCUUUAAAUUUUCAUGACGAAGAUGGUAGUAUUGUUGGACAGAUAACAUUAAUUGCUGGAGAUGAUGCGCGAAAUGUGAAGUGGUUGGAUAUUGAUGGAAAAUUAAAUUUGUAUGCUAAUCAUAGUGAGUUCAUUAAGAAAACAGUUCAGAAACGUAAUGCACAUUGGUAAAAGAUCUUGAAAUU